CCUCCGCAUCCCGCAGGUGACGGGGGAGGGGGAGCUCGCCGCAAAUAUCACGGGGGGUUCCUGGAUUUUUCAUUCCCAAACUUUCGCCGGAUGGAGGAGGAGACUGCAAUGAAGAGGAAGAUGCCCUGGGACACCCAGGCAGGGAAUGACCUGCACACAGAGACCAGGGAAGACAAAUCCCCGUGUCAGAACCUUGUGGAAGAGGCCGUUUUAAGCAGCUCCAUGGCACAGGAAGUCAGCCAGGAGGAAAAGCCCCAGAGAUCCCCCAUGAGGCGUGGCUCCAAACCCAGCCCAGGGAUCUGUGAGGGGGAAAGACCCUCCCGGUGCCAGGAAGGCAGCCAGAGCUUCAGCCAGAGCUCGGAACUGGUGGUCCAUGAGGAGCUUCAUGGCAGGGAGAAGCCCCACAAGUGCUUGGAGUGUGGGAAAAGCUUCAGCUGGAGCUCCCACCUGAUCCGCCACCAGAAAAUCCACACCGGGGAACGUCCCUACACGUGUGGGGAAUGUGGGAAGAGCUUCAGCCAGAGCUCCGACCUGGUGGUCCACCAGCGCCUUCAUACAGGGGAACGUCCCUACAAGUGCUUCGAAUGUGGAAAAAGCUUCAGCAAGAGGUCCAGCCUCACAUAUCACCAGCGCUUCCACACUGGGGAAAGGCCGCACAUUUGCUUGGAAUGUGGGAAGGGCUUUAUCCAGAGCUCCCACCUCAUCAGCCACCGCCGGCUGCACUCAGGAGAACGGCCAUACAACUGCUUGGAAUGUGGGAAGAGCUUCAACCGCAGCUUCAGCCUUGUCAUCCACCAGCGUGUCCACACUGGGGAACGGCCUUAUGAGUGUCCCCAGUGUGGGAAGAGGUUCCAGACCAGCUCCGAUCUCGUCAUGCAUCAGCGGAUGCACACGGAUGAGAGGCCCUUCCGCUGCACUGACUGUGGGAAGGGCUUCAUCCGUAGCUCUGACCUAGUCAAGCACUGGCGUGUCCACACUGGGGAGAGGCCCUACAGGUGCUUGAAGUGUGGGAAGAGCUUCACCCAGAGUUCUGCCUUGACCUCACACCAACGGACCCACUGCUAAGAGAAGCCCUACAAGUGCCCCAACUGCAGGAAGAGCAUUGGAAGAUCCAUGUUGGGCUGAGGCCUGGUGGCCCAUGUUCCUGGUGAUCCGCAUUGGAAGACACCUGGCUUGUGGUCUCCACAUCCUCCUGGUUCCCCAUAGGCACCUGUAUGAACACAGGGGCGGGAACAUCCAUUGGGACACAGACUGAUGUGGGAAAUUCAUUGGGAAGAGCGGACUUGUUGACUUUAGACCCCAAAAAAUCUCAUCUGCUCCAUUCUAAUAAUUUCUUCCUCUGGCAUUAAGCAACACUGGAUGAUCUUUAGGGUCUUUUCCAACCUAAAUAAUUCCACUAUUCUACUUUUCUCUGGCCCAUGGGUGUCUUGCACAGUCAAAUGGGGAUGGACUGGGGCAAAGAGCCAAAAUUUUUUUGAGCACAAUGGGGUGAAGACCCCUCUAAAAAAGGCUCUUCCACCACCCAAGCCAAUCCCAUGGACACUAACACAAUGCUGACAUGUAAAUCUUUGUAUUUUGGCCUUGAUUUUCUUUUGAUUUCUGUUUAUCCCUUAAAAACACCCAAGGUUGGGAUAAAGAAAUGGAAUAAAACCUCUAAAUCCCCA